AGAAGCGUUUAUGAGGCUACUGGUCUUAAAGGGAUGCUCGUCUAUGGCGUCGAACACGCCGAUGACGCUGCAUCUUGUGAUGAUAACAUGCAACAAUUCAUCCGAACCAUUGAAGCUGCCAAAUCUUUACCUACAUCCCACUUUAGCUCAGUGGUCGUGAAGAUAACCGCGAUUUGUCCAAUUAGUCUUCUGAAACGAGUGAGCGAUCUGCUUCGAUGGGAAUACAAGAGUCCAGGUUUCAAACUCUCCUGGAAGCUCAAAUCGUUUCCGGUUUUCUCCGAUUCGAGUCCUCUCUACCACACAAACUCAGAACCGGAACCCUUAACCGCGGAAGAAGAAUUGGAGCUGGAAGCAGCCCACACAAGGAUCCAAGAAAUCUGUAGGAAAUGCCAAGAGUCCAAUGUACCUUUGCUGAUCGAUGCGGAAGACACAAUCCUCCAACCCGCGAUCGAUUACAUGGCUUACUCAUCGGCGAUCCUGUUCAACGCGGACAAAGACCGACCGAUUGUUUACAACACGAUUCAGGCGUACUUGAGAGACGCCGGCGAAAGAUUGCAUUUGGCUGUACAAAAUGCCGAGAAAGAGAAUGUUCCUAUGGGGUUCAAGUUGGUAAGAGGCGCUUACAUGUCUAGCGAAGCUAGUUUGGCAGAUUCCUUGGGUUGCAAGUCACCCGUCCACGACACAAUCCAGGACACGCACUCUUGUUACAACGACUGUAUGACCUUCCUGAUGGAGAAAGCCUCGAACGGAUCAGGUUUCGGGGUCGUUCUUGCAACACAUAACGCUGAUUCGGGGAGACUUGCGUCAAGGAAAGCGAGUGACCUCGGUAUCGAUAAACAGAACGGCAAGAUAGAGUUUGCACAGCUAUACGGAAUGUCAGAUGCAUUGUCCUUCGGUCUAAAGAGAGCUGGGUUCAAUGUGAGCAAGUACAUGCCGUUUGGACCAGUUGAAACCGCUAUACCGUAUCUUCUCCGACGUGCUUAUGAGAACCGGGGAAUGAUGGCAACCGGAGCGCAUGACCGCCAACUCAUGAGGAUGGAACUCAAGAGGAGGUUAAUCGCCGGAAUUGCAUAAAGAGAAGUGUUUUAAUGUUAUUAUGUAUGGAUUAUGUAUGGAUCGAUUAAAAUGGAAUUCGGAAAUGUAGAUGAAUAAAUUUCUUCUAUGUAGAUUAAGAAAUUGGAAAAACAUUUAAAAAAAUUAUAAUAUAAGAAAUGGAGGUAGGAAAGAACAUUCCAUGUGGCUUUAUCACAAUGGACUACAUCUUUGUAUCGAUAUUUUAUUCACCAAUGUAUAUUCAUCCUCCCUGAUCAAUAAUAAUGAAAGUACCUUUUUUUUAUUUUA